AUGCCAAAGAGAAGGUUAUGGGAUCCCGAAGCAAUGAAACAAGCUAUUGAAGCUGUACGAACUAAAAAAAUGGGGUAUAAAAAGGCAGUUAAAUUAUUUAAUGUGCCAAGAGCUACUUUGAAAGAUUAUGUAAAAAAGUCUGACAAGCCUAUAGAAGAUAUAGUUUCUGGAAAAAUGGGAAGAAAACCAGUUUUGUCACCUGCUUUAGAAGAAGAGUUGGUGAACUAUUGCUUGCAAAUGGAAAAUAAUUACUAUGGUUUGACCGCUUCUGAUUUAAAACGAAUGGCUUUUCAAUUGGCUAUCAGAAAUAAUAUUCCACACCCAUUUUCACAAACCAAAAUUAAAAGGUCCCGAGUACAAAGACACACUACAAACUAA